UGGGUUUUUUUUUCCUCUUCUUUAUUUUCUUGCUUUUCUUUCGUUUCUAAGAAAUCAUAUAUUAUCAUAAAGAUGUCUUACGCUUAUCAACAACAAGGUGGCGAAGCUAACUCUUACCAAGGUGGUCAAGCCGCCUCUUAUCAAGGAGGUCAAGCCGCUUCGUACCAAGGUAAUCCAUUUUUCAUUAGAAAAGAAGGGAAAUAGGGGAAGUUGUGGGAUGGGCUCUAUGCGGACGAGGAGUUGUAUUAAGCAAUUAUAUUUUUGUCCCAUUCAUAUAGGUGGUGCCCCUCGAAUCAACCCUGACCAACAGCAAGCCGCUCAAAUUGCUAAGCAACAUGCUGACGAUGAUGAUGAUGAUGACAAGGAAGGUUUCUUCAAGUCCAUCCUUUCUAACGUCCUAGAUAAUGACGAUGAUGACAAGGAACUCAAGGAAGAUGAUGCUCAACAAGCCGCUCGUGCUCAUGAUGAAGUUUACAACAAGGGCAAUAGCGAAAAUACCUCUUCCCGUGACAUGGGUAUGGCUGCUGCUAUGCAAGCUUUCAAGAUGUUCUCCGGUAACAACAAUCAAUCUGGCGGUGGCGCUGGUUCCAGUGCCAUGGUUGGUUUAGCCAUGGGUGAGGCCAUGAAAUUGUUCAAGAACAAAGGUGGUGAAGAAAAGGGUUUCGAUAAGUCCGAACUUAUUCAAACCGCUGUCAAAAUGGCCAUCAAAUUAUACCUCGCUAAGCAAGCUGGUGAUGCCGCCAGCGGCGGUCUUCAAACUGUCAUGAAUAUGAUGGGUAUGGGUGAUGAUGAUAAGAAGCAGCAACAACAACAACAACAACAGCAACAACAAGAACAAGGCGGUUUCUCCAAGUUAUUAAACAAGUUCUUUUAAGAAAGAGACUUAA